UAACCUUUUCGCUUUCUUUUUUACUCCCUCCCAAAAAAACCUCAAUAAUUUCCUAUUAUAGUAAUUCAUAUUUAACACUAAUUAAUUAGUUAUUAAAUUUUAAUCAUUUUGAAAAAUGUAUAUUUCUUUUUUGUUUUCUUUACCAUUAUAUUUACGCGGUCCGAAAUUCCAAAAUCCGCCCCAAUAUAAGAGCCUCGCCUUCCUCGUAGGGUUCCAGACAUCCACCCCUUUCACUUUCUCUUUCUUACUUUCCUCACUCUCUUUCCAAUCCUGUUCUCUCAAUCUCAUCGGAAUUGGAAAUUCUUUUGCUUUAUUUCUCAUUUGAGAUUUUUUGUUGGUUUAAUUAAUUUGGUGGGUUUUGUUUUGUUCAGUCUCUAAAGAAUUUCUGUGGGUAGUCUUUCUGCAUUCCAAUCAUCAUCUUCAUUUCAAUCAGAAUUCUUGUGUAUUUUUGUCAUUUUUUGGUGUGUUAGUUCUGGGAUUUGUCUGAAAAAUUCGAUCUUUCUUCAUCUGGGCUGAUAAAACAGUAAUCUUUGGGAGUUUUUCUCAGGUGGGUUAUUGGUUAAAGAAGGGUUCAGUUCAAAUUAUUUUGGGGGACUGUAUAAUUUUGUUGGUGUUUGAUGUGAGAUAAAGAAUGCCAGCAACAGAAUUUCAAGGUGCGGCUUCAUCGUUUGCGAGUUUGGGUCGUUCGCUUCUGAGUAUUCGCAGGGAUCAAAUUCAUUCUAUGGAGUCACCAAUCCCUGGGUCAACCAAUUUAGAAUCAGAACUAGAAUCAUUCCAGAAAGUUGUUUCCGAUGGAUUUAACGAUCUCUUACAGACUGAUACCAGUGAGUUACUCUCAAUUUCUUGGAUCCGUAAACUUCUAGAUGUUUUUCUUUGUUGUCAAGAUGAAUUCAGGAUGUUGAUGUUCAAUAACAAAGCUUACUUGAACAGAGCUCCUAUGGAUCGUUAUUUUUCUGAAUAUUUCGAAAGAAGUGUUAAGGCUCUAGAUGUUUGUAAUGCCAUCCGUGAUGGGCUUGAGCAGAUUAGGUCGUGGCAGAAACAAUUGGAAAUUGUAUUGUGCGCCUUAGACAGUAAUAAGAGUUUGGGAGAAGGCCAUUUCCGCCGUGCUAAGAAAGCUCUGGCUGAUUUGGCCAUUGGUAUGCUUGAUGAUAGGGAUGCUAAUGCCCAUGCUCAUAGGAAUAGGUCUUUUGGGCGCCAGAAUGUUCACAGGGAUCAGAGGUCAUUAGGCCAUUUUCGAUCAUUGUCUUGGAGUGUUUCGCGGUCUUGGUCUGCUGCUAGGCAGUUGCAGGCAAUUGGCAAUAAUUUAGUUGCACCGAGGGCUACUGAAGUGAUGGCUUCGAGUGGAUUAGCUAUUGCUGUUUAUACUAUGAAUUAUGUUCUGUUGUUUGUAAUGUGGGCUCUUGUUGCUGCUAUUCCCUGUCAGGACCGCGGCCUUGGAACCCAUUUCUCUGUUACUAGGCAGUACAUUUGGGCUGUGCCGAUGCUAUCUCUUCAUGAGAGGAUAGUGGAGGAGUCAAAGAAAAAGGAUAGGAGGAGUGCUUGUGGAUUGUUGAAGGAGAUUCAUGAGAUUGCAAAAUGUGCCAGGCACCUCGAUGAAUUGGCAGAUUCGGCCAAGUUCCCUCUUACGGAAGAGAAGGAGGAAGAAGUAAGACAGAGAGUUCUGAAGCUAGGACUUGUUCAUGAAGCAGUAAAGGAUGGUUUGGAUCCAUUGGAGCGCCAGGUCAGGGAAGUGUUUCACCGGAUUGUUCGCAGCCGAACUGAAGGUCUAGGCAACAUUGGAGGAGCAAAUAGUCAUAACUGAUGAUUAUUGAUAGAGUUUUAAAGUUGCCUUCUUGCAACUAAAAUGUAGAGCUUCCAAAUUUUGAUUUUGGUUGGCCAUGAUGAGAAUCGAAUGAGUCAUUGGCCUAGUAAUAAAAGGGUUGAUAUAGGUAGUAAGUUGAAGGGAAAAAAAGAAAAAAAAAAAGGCCUUGUAUCUAUCAGAGAUCAUAUAUGUAUAGAUAAGUUAGGAGAUAUCAAGUUGCAGUAUUGUUAAUGAUGCUUAUUCUGCAUAUUCUGUGUUGGUACUUAGCAGUUGAUUAUUCAACCAGAUUUGCAUUCAUGUAACAUCUGUUUUUGUUCAUCUGUUCAAUGGCCAAUGAAGAACCGUUGUAAAUGAAACAGUACUGAUUCCUUGAUCACUUUCUGAAUCCGCAGAAAUCUGUGUUGUUGUCCUGCCUUCUUUUACAUAGCUUAUCUGAUUGAUUACAGGUUUUCAUUUCUCAAUUUGACGUAUGUUUUAACAGUCAAAAGGUCCUAAAAUAUUUUGAAAACUGAAACUUUUAUAUCUGUGAAGCUGUCAUAAAAGAAAGAAUUGGUCAUAAACUUUGGGAGAUUGUUUAUUGGCUCUUGAGUAUUGACUUCUUCUUCAAUACUGGGGCAGUUCUAGUUUAAUUAUUGCCCUCUUGGACUGACUCAAAAGCACCACAAUCAUAUACCAAUCUUUGUUGCAAAUUUCAGCAGCAUGAAGAGCUGGCAGAAAUCUUCAUUGCUCAACAAUGGAAGGCAGUUACAAUCAGAUAUGGU